AUGGGCCAAAGACGAAACCGGAAGCGGACCAGGAGUCGGCCGCGUCACCGAGACGCCGGCAAAGCACGCUCACUACACUCCCGCAUGAACUCUCUCGAUACCAGCUCAUCUUAUUCCUCAUCUUCUCAAUUGUUUUUCCAGCCUACCGUAAUUCCUCUUACGGGCCGACCGGCAGACCACUGGCAUCAAACGUAUACAGCAUGGCAGGACCGCCUCUGUCAGCAGGAGGCCUCUUUGGAAGUUCAACGGCUUCGCUUUUUCGGAGGCGAGGCCGGUGAUGAAGUAAGCCUCUUCGAACCUAUGUUGAAGGUGGUCACGGAUCUCUUCGAUGGUCACACCGACUACGUCGAUCCGUGA